CGCCUGAAGCCAGAGGUUUGAAACUCGGCAAAUAACUAUUCUCAUGUGCAACUAUAUACAACUAAAUGACCAGGCGUUGUUCACAUUUUCAAGGAAGCAAUAAAACAAAGCUAUACAGUAAAUUGGAUACAAUUUUCUGAUGGGGAUAAUUUUUAAAAGUUAAUUAAACUUUACUGCGUUCUUAUCUUAUCUUAUCUUCAAUUAUUCGCUCAUGGUGAAAAGGGAUGGUGCUUAAAGAUUUCAAAAUGGCCGACAGAUAUGAUGAGGUCCUUCCCCCACCCACAUACGAUACCGCCGGGCCCCUGAUGGGAUCCCUGAUGUCUCUCGCACCGCCUCAUAGCACUUCCGGUUUCACCACAGACUCCCUCGAUGCCAUGUUGGAUUCGCAGCUUGCGUCGCUAAGUAACGCUGGGCCCCUUCCGGUGUCGAGCUUGAUCUCACACUAUGCGCCCAUGGGCGGGCCUGCAAGCUUCUCAGGUACGCACAGCCACUUGUCUGACACUGAUCAGGCCAAGGAGGCGCUUUACGGACACCCGCUGUUUCCGCUUUUGGCUUUAAUUUUCGAGAAAUGUGAGCUGGCAACUUGUGCAAGAAAAGUGGCCGGUGAUCCUAUUUGUUCUUCAGAGUCGUUUAAUGAAGAUCUAGCAAUGUUCAGUAAGCAGUUUGUUGAAAGAAACGGUGGUUCAAUAUUUACGAACGAUCAAGAAGUUGACAAUAUAGUUAUUCAAGCCAUACAGAACUUCAGAUUUCAUUUGCUAGAAUUGGAAAAAGUACAUGAACUGUGCGAUAAUUUUUGUGAACGCUACAUAACGUGUUUAAAAGGAAAAAUGCCAAAUGAUCUUAACGUUGAUGCUCAGGGAGAUGAUGAUGAUGCUUCUUCUAAAGUUUCAAACAGUGCUUUUGAUCCUGCAGAUUACGAUAGCGGCUCUGACCAGCGACCCUCCUCCACCGGCUCAAACCAGUUCCUGGACCUCGAGGAUGCCGCUUCCAUUCGUUCUGGUGAGACUCCUGUGGGAACGCAGUUUGGGAGCGCCGGUGGAGUUGGAGAGGCGGUCGUCAGCGGCAAUUAUGUUGUAAAUGAACCGGCGCUGCCGGCGCCGACGGUCACAGAGCCCGCUGUAGUCAAAAAAGAGACAAAAGCGCCAGCGAAGCGUGGUAUAAAACGUGAACGCGAGGAAAGUGUGGAAACUAAUGGCUCUGAUGAGAGUAAUCAGGACAGUGGUGAGGCUGCCGGAAGUGGCGGCAAGGCCGCGGGUAAGGGCGGUAAGCGCCAAAAGAAAAGAGGAAUAUUUUCAAAAACUGCUACAAAUAUUCUCCGAGCGUGGUUGUUUCAACAUUUACAGCAUCCAUAUCCAUCAGAGGACCAGAAAAAGCAAUUGGGCGCUGAGACUGGACUUACAAUUCUACAAGUUAAUAACUGGUUCAUUAAUGCCAGAAGGCGUAUUGUUCAACCUAUGAUAGAUCAGACAAACAGGAACGGACCAGGCGCCCACUCACAUCCGGGAUUCUAUGCGGACACCACGUCGCCAAUCGACAAUCACCAGCUGGCGCAGCCGAGCGUCUCCCACCGCCUACCCAAUCCGAUGACCGGCAGUCUCCCAACCGGUGUCAUGAGCAACGGUCUCUCGAGUCAAUAUGGCGGUCUCCAUAGCAAUGUGUCGCAUAUGCAUGGGGGUUACACGAACAGCCUAACCGGAAGUAUGGGCGGUGACCCCUACGAUCCCCUGAAGCCCGCCUACCCUACGCCGACGUACAUGGACAAUUCUGUUUCAAGGUAUAACUCGAUGAUGGGCGGCAUGGGGAUGCCCUGUUACACCGGAAGUAGCGACAUGUAUGCUGCCUCCUCAUUAUCAACACCUGCUUACUACAACAUUCCGCCAACGGAGCUUUAAUUGGCCUACCUAUUAAAAUAGUAUUAUUUAAAAAAAGGUGUGUGUGUAUGUGAACAAUGAUGAAAAAUGUGGAAAUAUUAUGAAAUAAACUAUAAAUAACUCGGAAUGCAUGCAUAUAAAUUAAUCUGUAGUCUAAUUAAAUGUCUACUAAGAUCCCUAUUUAACAUUCAAAUGUGGAAUUUAAUUCACGCCCCACGGAAACCUAGCCAAGAGAGACAAAAAUAUAUUACGUUUACUUUAAUAGAGGAUGAACAACUGUUGAAAACAUCCUGAUGGUUUCCUUCUGCGUUUGAAGUGUUUUCACCAUUUGUCAGGACAAAUUUGUGCACGCCUAUGAAUCCUAAAAUUAAGUUGUUUUUAGUUCGUUUGUACGGAGUAACGUUCUUCUGUGUAUUUCAUGUGAAAGUUUAAGCAAGUUUUAAGUGCUGUGUAUUAUUUAUGUUUGAAUUACAUUAUGUUGAAUUGUCUUGCAAUGCUAUAUUGUGUUCAUGUCCAUUGAAAAUGUAAAUAGUAUUUGUACAUGAAUGUUGAAAUAAAAUACA